GACUCUGUACCGCAGAAGAAAUGGAGAUAAUUUUGUGAACCUCGGACCUAAUUAGAAUUAGAUGUGAAGGUGUUUAUUUCCCGGUUAAAUUUUUUUACCCCCUCCCCCCGGUUGCUUGUGACGGCGACGGCAUUCAGACGGGUGACGCAAUCGGUUUGGCCCGCAAUCAUAGGAUCGCACGCGAUCUCGUUACCGCAAGCAUCGAUCAGGAUGGCAGGCUGUCAGAAAAUCUGCGGCGCUCAACUGCACGAGCUGCUCGAGUCCAAACACAAUGUGCUGUUCGACUGCGACGGUGUGAUCUGGAACGGAGAGACGGCGAUGGCGGGCGCUCCCGAGGUGGUGCGCGCGCUGAAGCAGCGCGGAAAGCGUGUGUUCUUCGUCACCAACAACUGCACCAGGCCGAGGCAGAGCUACGUGCAGAAGUUCGCGCGGCUCGGGUUCGCCGAUGUGGACGAGAACGAGAUCUUUAGCUCAGCGUACUGUUCGGCUGCGUACCUGCGCGACGUCGUCUCCUUCACCGGAAAGGUGUUUGCCAUCGGAUGCCCCGGCGUGCACACCGAGCUGCGGGAUGCCGGGAUCACCGUGAUUGAGGACGAAGAAGACGCACCGGACGUCAACAUCUCUAACUGCGCACUGGACCCGGACGUGCGCGCAGUGCUUGUGGGCUACGACGAGAAAUUCAGCUUCAUGAAGCUGGCCAAAGCCUGCUGUUACCUGCAAGACUCUGAGUGUUUGUUUUUGGCCACUGACCCUGACCCUUGGCAUCCUCUGCGUGGAGGAAGAAUCACACCAGGUUCUGGGAGUCUCACUGCGGCUUUGGAAACCGCCAGCCGCAGAAAGGCCACAGUGAUCGGCAAACCGAGCCGUUUCAUGUUCGAGUGCAUCGCGAGUCAGUUUGAUUUAGACCCAGAGAGCUCUUUGAUGGUGGGUGACCGCUUAGAGACUGACAUCGUUUUUGGUGUUAACUGUGGCCUUUCUACUGUGCUCACACUAACGGGCGUCUCAACCUUCGAGCAAGCGCAGGUUUACAAGGACAGUGAUGAGCCUGAGAAGAAGGACUUUGUGCCUGAUUAUGUGGUGGAGAGCAUCGCAGAUUUCUUGGAGGCUUUGGAGGAGUAGGAAAGAAAGGACAGGAGUGCUUCUGAACUCCGUAAUAAACCCCAGAGUGCACAGCUUUUGCCUGGUACCCAAAACAGUUAUUACUGUAUGUUCAGUGCUGUUGUUCAUGGUGUACAAUUAUACGUACGUGUCAUCAUAGCUGGAGUUCUCAGUUUAUCAUCGCUGUAUUUGAUGACAUGGGGGCCAUGUGGUUAAAGUACUUGAAUGAAUAAUGAGCACAUUUUGAAAGGAGUAGCUUAGCCAAACAAAAAGGCAAAAAAAAUGUUUCCUUACCCCAGAUGUUGUUGAUCAUGAUUAAUGUUUCCUGGAGUUUGCUUCUUUAUUUUGUGAGGAAAAUGAAACCAUGAAAUAAGAGAAGCUUAGUCCGGACUUGAUUUUUUUUUCAACUGCUUAUAUCACUAGCAGAUAUAAAAUUUAGAUAUUUUCAAUUCUAUGCAUAUACAUGUAAAGGAAGUGGUUACAUAGAAAUGAGGGGUGUUUGAUUAUACUGCCACUUCUACAGUCUAGGAUUAAACCACACCUGUUGACUACACAACUUGAAAAAUUCUGGUUGGUUACAUCCAAAUGGAAUUAUAUCAGAUCUAAUAGCAAUAUUAAAAGCACGAGGUUUUUUUUUAGACCUGCCAGCUCCUGAAGAUUAAUAAUGAGAAUAAUUUAAUCAAAGCCCAAAACCUGUAGCAGAAGAUGUUCAGUCUUUGGAUCAUUGAUAAAACAAGUCCAUUCAUAAAAUUGCCUGUCCUUUAGAAACUGAUAUUUUUAGAUGACUGACUUUUUCUCACCAAAUUUCUGCUGUUUGAUUAAUAUUUGUGUCCAACCUUGGAUUUGGCGACUUUCGUCUGAAAUGUCUCUGUCAAAGAUCAAAUAUCCUUAACAAGUAACUAUUCAACUAUUAACUAAACUAAAAGUCAAACAUACUUCGUUGGAUUUUAUUUCAUGUUAACAAAACGAGGAAAAAAGAGGAACAAGAGAAGACAUUGAAGAUUGGCAGGUUUGUUAUUUGUUAUUUGUUACUGGAACAUAAAUACUAAUAAAUAUGCUUCAACUUUGACAUGAUCUGGCAACCCUUGUUAGAUAUGCACACUUUUAAUUUAUAAAGCGGUGGUGUUUUGAAAGUUAAGUCGACACUACAGUAUCUAUAGACAGUGUCACUAAAGAACAUUUAUGAACUGAACUGACUGGACUGCAUUUUUGUUAGUCUUUUACGUUCGUAGGAAACCAACUACCUCAUACAAAUACCUAUGACUUUUCCUGCUGUGUGUUUCAACCCCUCAAAUUCUUGAUUAUUAAGUAUUGUGCAAAUUAUUUGUAAAGAAUUUCUGAGCCAAACAAUGGGUCGGUAAUGACGUAUGUCCAGGUUAAAAAAGAAAGAAAGAAAUAAUCAAAUCAGCUAGAAUCCUCCAUGAGCCACUUUGUGAUUAAAAAAAAGAUUCUGCUACUUGAUAUUUAUUUAUUUGUUUGUUUGUUUGUUUGUUUGUAGAUUUUUCUUUUAAAAAGCAGGCUGAUCGGCUCCAUCUGGGUUUGCGGAAAAGUUUUAGUUUUAUCUAAACUAUCCCUUUCAGUGUUUUCUAGACAUUCUGCAGACAGUCAUGCAAAAGCGCAUCACCCCUGCUGUAAUUAUCCGAAAGCAUGACAAAAGUAAUUCCAUUUAAUGAAGAAACUCUUUUGGGCGAUGAUGAAACGGCAUGCCAUACACGCCCAAAGAAAAAAGGAAAUAUCUUUUUGAUAAUAACUUACCAAUUGUGUACGAUAUACCUGGAAUUUUCCUGUGAAAUCUAUAAAAAAUGACUGAAAUGUUGAGAGUUGGAGAAUGUACUGUAGCGAGACUGUUGUAUUGUACUAUAUUAUACCAAGACUGGUUGUGUGGUGAAAUCAUUUAAUCCAACGCUGACAUAAAAUUCUCCAUUCUGAUUGGUCAGUAGGUGUCGAAGGAUGGCUCCGAAAGUAGUUUCUACUGCAUUGCUGUUUCCGUAGUAACGACUACAUGAAAUCAUAAUACAGGCCUGUAGUUUGUAUUGUGAAGCGCCAUAUAUGGUAUUUGAUGAUAUGGUAACAUUUUCCUUAAGGAGAUGCUUGAUUUAGCAAUUUUGUAAGGAGUCUCCAGUGUCAGUGCUAUGUAAUGGUCAGAAGUAAAGUUUUGUAGUCUGGCAUAAUCUACCAUGACAACCUGCAUGUUUUUGUUUGUUUUUUGUUUUCGCUUAUUACAGGAUGCUGGUGACAGGAUGACAUUUUCUAGCUGCUAUAACGUAAGGAAUGACAGGAACUAAUUUGUUUUUAUAUUCGCUAAGUAUGAAAAUUUUUAGAUUGGCAAAUUGCAUAGGCAAAAGAAAAAUAAAACUCUACAGCAUGUGCUGUUAUCACCGUGUUAGUCACUUCAUCCUGUGGUGUUUUAUUCUUUACAUGAUAUCUAAAUAUGCUGUGUAGCAUCUCCGUAGCUUCAGUUGCGGACACAAAAUAAAACAGACUUUUUCUCAUUGUUCUACAUUUUUGUCAUACAAAAUGACUUACAGUAACCAGUCAAGUUCAAACCUAAACUGAUUGUCACUUAUGUUGUAUCCCGGGUUUUAUCCAGUGCUCAGUACAUGUUCUGUGUGUGUCUGGGGUUCUGCAGUGGUAGCAGCUGUGUUUUCAUGAGCUCUUGUGCCAGUUUAACCAACACGUAACAUGUAACUGGACUUGACAUUUCUCUCAGUGUUGAUUUCUAUUGUUGUAUUCACUUUUCUAGCAGCUCUUCCUGUGUGGUGUGGUGUUUGCCUCGUCGCAUUCGACAUGUUCUCUGAAAGUUAUUCUAGAGCCUUCUAAAGCUGCCGUUUGGAAUUUAAUAUUUAUUAGUGUAACUUAAGUGUUAACGUUCUCUCUCCCUCUCUUUUUUUUAUAUCAACUUACAUGUAAAUCUCAUUUCCUAUAGAUUUGUCAUUUUUUUAGAAUCAUAAUCUUACAGCUUUUCAUGAAAAGUGACCUUUGACAAAAUAGCCUCGUAUUUAAUUUUUAAAAAACUCUUACAUCCAAUUUGAUGAAAUGUUUUAUUUUCAUGUGAACCUACAUUAUAAACCUACUGAAUGUUUAGGUUUUGGCAUCAGUAAUGAGUGGAUGAAGUGGCUAUGAAAUACCUGUAUUGCUGUUUAUUAUAUUCUAAUAAUUAGUGAUCAGUGUUUGGUUCUUACCUGGACUUGUGUGACUAAUCUAGAGCUUGCGUGACUGUGUCCAAAUGUCUUUAGCUACACUUGGCAUUCUGUACCUGACUGAAUAUAAUUUUUUUAAAUAAAUAUAAAGUAAUGAAUUUAUUUAAUGCCAAACACUGCUGUGAGAAUAACGUAUACAUGCUGUGACCUGGUUUGGCAUUUCUGCUAGUACAUGUUUGUGGUGGUUAUAAUUGCCUUUCCUAAUAAAACAGUUCCCUCAUAUUGAAA